GUAUGAGAAAAAUGAUAGAUGCUGAAUAAAAAAGGACAGAUAAAUCAAAUAAAAUUAUGUUUAUGGAUAGAGAAUGUUAAGAGUUAUAGAAGGCAGUUGAGGAUUUGGAGUAGAAAAUUUAGUAUACAAAAAAAGUUGAAACUGAGAAAUUAUAAAAAGUAACUAUUUAAAUGUUCUAAUUUAUAGGAAGCUGAAAACCAUAAAAAUGAAAUAGAAAAAAUUAGACUUUACAAUAAUUCUCUUAAAGAUGAGUUAGGUAGAUUAUUAGAAGGCAGAAGAUGAC